UGUUGUUGCUUUGGCCCACUGACAUUAGAUAUUAAUAUUCCCUUUCUGAUAUUAACAUUUUAAGACUUAUUUUCGGUAUUGCAUUAAACCUACGACAUUUAUAAAUGCAAAAGGAGCACAACAGAGUCAAAACAUCAAAAAUAUGUAAGUAAUGUAACCGACAAAUGGCGGUCUACUAACAAUAACGGACAUGUUGAGACUGCAGUGGAGCAUCCGGCAGCUGUCUGCGGGUUUGUGAGCUUCACUGGCGGACACACUGUCUCUCGAAUCCCGGCGUGGACUGCAGUACGAUGUCGCUGGGUAAGGCCAAAAAGAAACUGCACUAUCUCCUAGAAGAGGAAAAAUGGAAGUCUGAAUUUAAGGGAAAAGAUGUCUUUACCCUGCGUGGCAUUGACACUCUAUUUGAUGACAUUGAUGCUGACUCUGACCUGGGUUUGCCUCUGCUUUCUCCAUUGCCCAAGAGCGCUGAUGCAAUUGAGCACAAGAAAAGUUGGGGUCCAUCUUACCCAGAUAAGAUUAAAACUCCGUCUAAACAGGGACACAAGGGUGCUUUGAUCCAAGAAAAUGGUACUCAAGAGGGUGAAAUUACUGAUAAAGAGAGUCCAUUUAAAGAGAUUGCUCCCAUUAAGACAUUCAGCCCUAUUGCCAUGGAAACAGAGGGAGGUGAAGGAGUUAGGCUUGUGGCUGACCCUCUGCUCUUUGGAGUUGAAGAUAAGUCUAUUGGAGGAGUCCUCAGCAAGCCGCCCUGCCCUCAGCAGUCAGAAGCAGUGAAGAAAUCCUUCAGUGGGGACAGUGGGUCUGUGGUGUCACCUCCAGAAACGGUCGAGUUUAGAAAAGGCACUAAACCAAAUGCUGGUUCCUCAUCAUGCGUGAAGACCUCAAAAUCAAGCAAGACAGCAUUUCAAGCCACCCAGUGUUUACCUCCACACAUAAAGGAAGACUUACUAAUGGCUAACGAUCCAAGUCGUCUGUCUCCUGUUUUGGUUCAGAAGAAUGAACAAAAAAUUGGGGAGACUGAGCAAUGCAAGGACCAAAUGCCGGAGGAUCAUCAGAAAGGAUUGUCUUUCCAGCACAAGAUUAAAAAGGCCUUGAUGCCUAAAUCUUCAUGUUCCAGGAAACCAGCAGAAGCUCCAGCUCCUCCACCUGUAGAUUUUGAGGAGGACUUCAUGAUCCUGGACGAUGAGGCUCCUGUUCUUUUUAUCAUCCCUCGCAAGCUAGAGGUCUGCAGGAAAAAAAGAACUGUCCCAGCAGACUCUGCCAAGGAGAGUGUUUCUGAAGAACCACACUCUAUAGAUCAGCUCUCACAGAGUGAAACAGAUACUAAUAAUCAGAAAGGAGCAGAUUCUAAAAGAAGCAAAGCACAAAGCGAUUCUGAUAAUCAAAAACCAAAAGGAAAACGUAGAAAAGCUUCAAAAAAGAGCAGCAAAGCACAGGUGACACAUGAUGGUUUAGAGGACAGACCAGACCCUGUAAUCCAAGGAAUAGAGGACAGGUUUUGUGAUCAGAGUCCUUCUCAAACUGUACAGGGGAACAAAGUUGUGGAUUCAUCAGGAAAAUUAAGUACAAAGAAGAUAUCUGAUCCCGAUGAGCUUUCUGACAAAGAUGGAACUAAUGAUGGUGGCAGCCAUGAAAUUCCAGUUUCAAUGUCCAGAAAUAAAAAACAAUCCUCUAGAUCUCAGCCUGACAGACCAAGGUCGAAAGCAGAAAAGGAAUCCAAAAAAGUCAAUUCUGUAACAGGUGCUCAGACCACAAGCUCAGUGAAAGUCAACAAAAAUGGAAAGAACAGCAACACUGGGAAAACAAUCACUAAGACAAAGAAGCGAACAUCUAAACAACAAGAAGAACUGGAACAGAAAGAACCUGCUUGUGAGCAACAAGAUCUUGUUGAAACUCCACCUGCCCUCACUGUAAAUAAACAAUCAGCCAAGCAAGAUGCUUUGAAGAAUCCUGCAAAAAAACAGAAGGGAAAAGAAACAAAAACGGUUGAAUCAAAACCAAAGGAUCCACUAACAACUGCACUUGACACUUCUUCAGACAGUCCUGUGACGGCCAAGAGGAAGAGGAAGCCUCCAGGAGCAUGGUGGCUUGCUAGCCAAGAUGACAGCACCACAGAGUGUCCAGCAGAGGGAGUUUUAGGUACAGCACAAGGGCCAAACACCAGUAAGAAAACUAUAACGAAGCAAGCAGUUGCAGUUGACUCUAAUGAAAUACACACUCUUAGACCUGCCCAAGGGAAUCAGAAGAAGACAAAAACUUCAUCCACUCACAGUGCAGUGGAAAAUUUUAAAACGUUGCUGGCUCAUGGCGAUGGAGAUGAUACUGGAGCAAAAAAGCAAACAGCUCCUCGAAAGAAACGGAAAUCUGCAACCACUCAGCAGCAAGUGCUGUCACCAACUCCUGUGUCUGGAGAGGAAGUCAAUGAAGACAGACAAGAAGCUUGUCUGAAUGAGAGUGCUGAGCAAAUUAGUCCAGCACUGUGUAGUCCUUCCAGACAGCAUAACAUCACACCAGGUGAAAAGCGUUUGUUUGGUAAGGUCUACACACGAUACUCUGGAUCAUCACAGAAAAAUCCUUCAUCUGUUAGAAGACCAGAGAUUUGUGUUCCAGAUGACAUUCCACAGAAAAUACAAAGGAAACCCCCUUCCAACAGGUGGGAAGCACCACCAUCUCAGGAAGCAACUGAUGGGCCUGCAUCACCUCACAAUGCCCAUCCACAACAGUCCAAACCACCAAAUUCUGCUAUUAGUGUUGUAUUUAAUAAGGGGGCGAAUUCGGUAAAAUCACAGAAAAGAAAGAGUCAUGUCAAGAACAUAAAAAGAAACAUAAUCAACACACCAAAGUCAAUCAAAAGAUCUUUAGCUUCUAUGAAUGACAUUUUUGCCUCCGAGAAAGCUGGAAACAUUGUAAAAACUAGCGAAAAACGCAGAAAACAUGGACGCAGAAACCUCCUUCACUCUCUUGAUGAUCAGUCAGAACACUCGAGUGAGAAUGUGGCCUACGGUGAUGAUCAACAGCAGGGAAACAGCCACGCCUCCUUUGGGUUCACAAGUGGUUUUACUGUGGAGCCCUCAGGGACUAAAAACAAAAAGAUUAUCAGAGUUUCCAGUGGACCCAACACGUUAUCUGAUGUUGACACUGGUUUCAGAAGUGGGCCAUCAUCAAUGAUUGAUCUUCAGCAGCAUGAUGAGGAGGAGGAUGAUAUUGAAUUGCCAUCGUCCAGAGUGAUUGUUCAUGUGCGACACGGCCCUCGGGUGUUGGCCCAGUGUGAUCUCUGUGGUCCUCCACUGCAACCCAUCAUCUUGGAGGAGGACGACUGGAACAACCUGCAUGCAUGGUUUUCUCACCUGUGGCCCCCAGCUUCUAAAGACGGGCUAGUUGUGAGUCCUGAUGACUUCCACUGGCACACAUAUGGAGGCAGAGCAAUUGGCCAUGCAGUUGAUCUUCAGAGUAGCUCAUUCUCUCAUGGAAAGAUUCUGCUGGGGUCAUUCAUGAAGAAACCCCCACAUGUGGACCAUGACACUGUUUCUGUAUUCAGCAUUAUUUCAAGUUGUGUGCGCGUUGAUAUUGAUGGCAUCAAGUCAGUCUUCAAUUCUGGACAGGUGUUUAUGAUACCCUCUGGACAAGUGUAUAGCAUUCAUAACCUCUGUCAAGUGCCUGCUGUGCUGAUCUACCACAGAACCCAGUCAAUCAUUUAGCCAAGCUGAUGAACAUAAUUGGCCUUUCUUUAAAAUAUUUAAACUGUAUACAUUUUUUUAAAUUAAAUUGUUGGUGAGUUUAAAAAAUAAAAACAAGGGCAUACAAAUGUAGUUUUCUGGCAAAGCUCAUAAAAGCUAGUUGUGUAAAUAGAUUCAAGCAAUUUGUAAAAAUUGAAAGAUUAUAUUUUCAUUUGUAAUGACAUCCGUAAAAGAUUGAUUUGAAAGUGUUAUUUAAAAAGCUUUUCAAAACUGGUCUUGUUAAUGUACACAUAUAUUUCUGUCUCCUGUUUUUUUCCCCAUUGGAAUGCAACUAUUUUUCAUUUUGAACAAAUUGCUAGGCCCCUCAAAGUGGGCAAAAAAGAAAAUAAUGUGGUGUUUUUUUUCUAAAUGUAGAGCCGUGGACAAAAGUAUUGGCAGUGACAUACAUUUUUUGUUUUGCAAAGUUUGCUGCUUCAGUAUUUGUAGAUUAUUUAUUCACAUGUUUCUAUGGUAUACUGGAAAACAAUGAUAAGCAUUUCAUAGGUUUUAAAGGUUUUUAUUGGCAAAAACACUCAAUAUAUGCAAAUAGUCAAUAUUUACAGUGUUGACCCUUGUUCUUCAAUUCGCUCUGGCAUGCUGGAUAUCAGCUUCUGGGCCAAAUCCUGACUGAUGGCGAUCCAUUCUUGCCUUAUUAAUGCUCGGAGUUGACCACAAUUUGUGGGCUUCAGCUUGUCCACUCGCCUUUUGAGGAUUGACCACAGGUUCUCUAUGGGAUUAAGAUCCGGGGAGUUGCCUGGCCAUGGAUCCAAAAUUUCAAUAUAAUGAUCUCCAAGCCACUUCAUUAUCACUCUUGCCUUGUGACAUGGUGCUCCAUCAUGCUGGAAAAUGCACAGAUCAUUACCAAAUUGCUCCUUGAUCAUUGGGAGAAGUUGCUCUUGCAGGAUGUUUUGAUACAAUUCUUUAUUCAUGGCAGUGUUUUUGGCUAGAAUUGUGAGAGAGCCCACUCCCUUGGAUGAAAGGCAACACCACACACGGAUAGUCUCAGGAUGCUUCACUGUUGGCACAACACAGGACUCAUGGUAGUUUUCACCUUUUCUUCACCGGACUAUCGAUUUUCCAGAUGUCCCAAACAGUCGGAAGGGGGCUUCAUCAGAGAAAAUAACUUUGCGCCAGUCUUCUGCUGUCCAAACCUUGUAUUCCUGCAAAAUUUCAGUCUGUCCUUGAUGUUUUUCUUGGAGAGAAGUGGCUUCUUUGCUGCCCUUCUUGACACCAGGCCAUUGUCCAAAAGUCUUCACCUCACUGUGCGUGCAGAUGCACUCACACCAACAUGCUGCCAAUAUUGAGCAACCUCUGCACUGGUGGUGACACGAUUCUGUAGCUGACUCCUCAGGAGGAGACGGUCCUGGCACCUGCUGAACACUCUGGGACGUCCUGAAGCCUUUUUCACAGCAGUUGAACCUCUUUCCUUGAAGUUCUUGAUGAUCCGGUAAACGGUUCUUUCAGGUGCAAUAUUCUUUGCAGCGAUUGCCUUGCAUGUGAGCGCAUUUUGAUGCAAAUCGAUGAUGACUGCACGUCUUUCUAUAGAGGUAACCAUUGCUAACAAGAACACAAUGAUUGAAGCACUUCUUCCCUCAUUUUAUAGCAAACAGUCUGCUCUUAUAAUCCAAUCAGAAUGAUAGAGUGAACUGACCUAACUAGUACUCGUUCACACUUUCCCAGGUGCUGCUGAUAUGAUUAGUGAAAUUAUGUUAGCUGGUCAUUUUGUGCCAGGGCAAAAAAACAGUGACAUUUGGGUUUUUGUGAUAAAGUUCAUUUUUUUUGACCAAUGAAGCUUUUUGCAAUUAUUAAAAUGCAUCUGAUCACUCUGCACAAUAAUCUAGAAACAAUGUGAAUCAACAUCACAACAACUGAAGCAGAAAUCUUUGCGAAACAAAAUUUAUGUCACUGCCAAUACUCUUAGUCAUGGCUGUACACAUGCAAAAGUAAAGUCUCUCCUUCAGUUUAAUAGAAAUGACCAAAUUUUUACAGUCUGUCACAUUUAGAUCAGUGUAAUCACAUGUAUGUCAUUUAAAUCUUGCUCCUUUUGUGUAUGACAUAUUUAUUUGAACUGCAACCUCUCAUGCUGAAUUGUUUAAGGGAUGUUUGUAUGAAUAGACAAGAAAGCCAUGUUGAUAGCUUGCCAUUCAUUUCUAUCCCAUUCACAUGUUCCUUUGGGAAAAAAGCAGAUUUAACAGCCUUUCUAUUUUUCAAAUGAUAUAAUUUGACAUUUAAGCUCUUUUUUUUGUACAUUUGCAAAAUUUUUUACAUUUAUAUUGUCAGGUGCUUAACACCUCCUGCCACAUUUUUGUCUGUCUAACAGUUUUAAAAUAUGUUUGGUCUGUUAUCCACUGCUGCAUAUACAGUAUUUUGUGACUUUAUCAAAGUUCUUUUCACAUAGAUCUCUUAAUCAUUUAAUUAUACAACACGUUUUUAACCUCAGGCAUAUAAUGGAAACAACAUGAAACAUUUGUGAGACUGAAUACCUUGAAAUUGGUUUUACAUAAAUUUUAUUUUAGCACUUUACGGUAUAGUUGGUGCUUUGGCAAGAUUGAUAAUAUGUUUGUCAUUGAAUAAUUAUGUACUGCUAAAAUUAUUUUACAGAAGAGUGGUACUGAUAACAAAGACUUUGUUUAUAAGGAUAAUACAUUAUCAAGUGUUUUAACUGGCCAUAUGGCUAAAAUUAAGAUAUCUGACCACAUUAUUAGGUACAUCUGUACACC